UCAAGCGGAAGCGAGGCGGGAGCGGACGCGAGCCGUUGCUUCUGCCGCUGCGGUGGGCGCGUGCAUCGAGCCACAUAGCGUUCCUAAACCCUCGUCGCCUCCGAUUCUGUGACACAUGGUGUAAAUAUGCGCCAACUGAAACUGGGCAAACCAAAAAGUACCGAUACCACUACUCCGCAGGCCUCUCCCGGGGUGCGCUCUGACCAGGAUCUCGAGGCGAACCCAGCGGUGGCGACGAGGGCCUCCCAGGAGGCCCAAAAAGGGGGAAACGGGCGAGGGGGUAGACGUAUGGGUACCUUUCCUCCUCUGAGAAACUGCGUUCCGGCAUCCUGUGAUGGUCCUGUUUUCCACCACCACCACCAUAAGUUGGAGGGGGAAGGAGGAUGAGGACGAGGAGGAGGAGGAGGAGGAAGAGGAGGAGGAGGAGGAGGAGGAGGAGGACCACCUCUCCCCCCAACUUGUGGUGGUGGUGGUGGUGGUGGAAAACAAGCCCAGCAUCCUGCUUCCGGGGCGAAGCACUCCCGGCAGCAGACACGACUGCGGCGGCCCCAGGCGCUCCGCCGGCCGCCACGGCUCGAGGCGCCGGCCGGGGCCACGGCAGGCCGCGGCGCUCGCGUCGGGCAGCACGCGGCCAGCGGUCGACCAGUAAAAGGACCGAGCCUCAGGUCGGGCGUGUCCCCCUG